CGAAAGGCGACUCCAUCCACCCCUCCCAGAACGCAGGCUGGCGGGGAUCCAGCCAGGAGGCCGGAGCAGGAUCCGCAGCACGUCCAAGGUGAAUAAGGAGGAAAUUACAGCAAUAACAGGACAGAAGAGAAGCUGGUCAUUGAUUAUCUGACCGUUGAAGUUGAGGAAAGAGCCAUGACUACUGAGAAUACGUCUCUGCUCCCAACACAGAGCACAGAAGAAAUGGAACCUGCUGUUGAACUCCUUCCUGUUGAAUUCCAGGAAUUGGUGACAGUCAAAGAUGAGGAAAUGGACUUCAUCCAUGUGGAGGAAGAACAGCUGAAUUCUGACCAAAUGUACAUGGGCAUGGAUCUGAAGGUGGAGAAUUCUGGGAGCCUAGUAUUUUGGGAUUCUGAAUCUGUACGUGAAACUAAAAACUCCCUUUCAAAGCAGGAAGUUUAUGAAGAAGUAUCAUCUGAAAGGGAGCUGAUAAUAGAAAGACUUAAAAAGGAUGAUUCCUGGGACUCCAGAUUGAUAGAAGCCUGGGAAUGUGAAUGCACAUUAGAAAGGCAACAAGGAAAUCAGAAGAAAGAUUUAAGGCAAGUCAUAAUUAAACACAAGAAAAACCCCAUGGAGGAGUGUAAUGAAAUUAGCAAAAGUUCAAACCCAAUUAAACAUCAGAAAGUUUACUCAUUGAAAAAGCCUUGGAAGUGCAGUGAGUGUGGGAAUUCCUUCAGUUACUAUUCAGCCUUUAUCCUACACCAGAGAAUUCAUACUGGAGAGAAGCCCUAUAUAUGUAAUGAAUGUGGAAAGGCCUUCAGUCGGAGCUCAUCACUUAUUCAGCAUCAGAGAAUUCACACUGGAGAGAAACCUUAUGAGUGUAACAAAUGUGGGAAAGCAUUCAGUCAUCGUUCUGCCCUUAUUCAACAUCAUAUAAUUCAUACUGGAGAAAAGCCCUAUGAAUGCAAUGAGUGUGGGAAGGCCUUCAACCAAAGCACAUACCUUAUUCAGCAUCAUAGAAUACACACUGGAGAGAAACCCUAUAAAUGCAAGGAAUGUGGGAAAGCUUUUAAUGAUACCUCAUCUCUUAUUAAACAUCUAAGGGUUCAUACUGGAGAAAAACCCUAUGGAUGUAAAGAGUGUGGGAAAGCCUUUAGUGACAGGUCAGGCCUUACUCAACAUCAGAGAACUCAUACAGGGGAAAAGCCGUAUGAAUGUAGCGAAUGUGGGAAAGCCUUCAGUUACUGUUCAGCUCUUAUUCAACAUCAAGGAACCCACACUGGGGAAAAACCUUACAAAUGUAAUGAAUGUGGGAAAGCCUUCAGUGACCGCUCAGCUCUUGUAAGACAUCAGAGAAUUCAUACAGGAGAAAAACCUUACAAAUGUAAAGAAUGUGAGAAAGCCUUCAAUCAGAGCUCAUCCCUUACAAAGCAUGUGAGAACUCAUACUGGAGAGAAACCAUAUAAAUGCAAUGAUUGCGACAGAGCCUUCAGCCAGAGUUCAUCUCUUAUUCAACACCAGAAAAUUCAUACAGGAGAAAAAUCCUACAAAUGUAAGAAAUGUGAGAAAACUUUCACUGUGCGUUCAGCCUUUCAUCAACAUGAAGAAAUUCAUAAUGAAAAAUCUCAUCAAUGCAAUGAAUGUGGAAGAGUCUUCAAGCGUCGGGCAAAUUUUGUUCGACAUCAAAGAAUUCACACUUCAGAGGAUCCCUUUGAGUGUGACAUAUGUGGGCAAGCCUUCAAACAGAAGUCUGCUCUUACUGUCCAUAAACAGUGUCAUCCUCAAGAAAAGCCAUAUAAAUGUCAUGAGUGUGGAAAAUUUUUCCGUCAGAUGGCAUAUCUUAUUGAGCAUAAGAGGAUCCAUACCAAAGAAAAACCCUAUAAAUGCAGUGAAUGUGAAAGAACGUUUAGUCAGAAUUCAACCCUUAUUCGACAUCAGGUAAUCCAUAGUGGAGAAAAACCCCAUAAAUGCCUUGAAUGUGGAAAAGCCUUUGUUCGGAAUUCAACCCUUAAGAGCCAUCAACAAAUUCACAGUAAACAGAGCACUCACAAAUGUAGUGACUGUGGAGAAUCCUUUGGCCGGAAUAUAGAUCUCAUUCAGCAUCAAAGAACACAUACCACGGGAAAAUUAUUUGAAUGUAGAGAAUGUGGAAAAACUUUUAGUUUUAAGUCAAAUCUUCGUCGACAUGAAGUCAUUCACAAUGGAGAGAGACCCUAUAGAUGUGACAAAUGCGGGAAAUCUUUCAGUUGGCACACAAGCUUUAUUAAGCAUCAGGGUACUCACAGAGAGCAGAGAUCUACGUGAUACUAAUUGGAAAAGCCACCAUUUAAAGACCAGAACGUACCACUAUUGCAAGUAUGUAUAAUUUGAUUGUUUUAUGAAAAUGAGUAAAAAGGAACUGAACUGUUUUUUCUGUGGGGACCCCUUUCUGUAGGUAACCCUCUUGCUGUAGUCCAGAACUACUUAAUCGACAAUGUGAUAGGCUGUUGUGUCUAGUUUCCCUUGAGACCCCUAUAGCUUCCUUCCCCCAAGUCAAGUUAAGGCAGAAGGGAGGCAUAGUAGCUUUGUUCUGUAGUCCCAGGCUGGAGAUCAUUUAAUGAAUCGUGAACAAUUUAGGAUAGCCUUUCUUAGUGUCAUACAGUACAAUGCCCUAUAUUGAUAGGCUGUUCAAAAGUAAGUGCUACUCACUAGUAGCUAGUGAAGUAUUGAGAAUCACUAAAAUUUAUUUAUAAAGUUAAAGGAGUGUGCUCCUACAUUUUCCUGAGAGUUCUAAGUCAGUGUUUAUAGCAAAUGCUGUUGGUACCCUACCCCUACCCCCUGGCCGUACCCCUUCAGUGUUUCAAGUGCCUUGCACUAUCUUCAUUUCUUGGCCUGCAAACUCUUUCUAAAACCAUGAAAGCCCACUUCUAUUUGGGGGUAACUAGCACAUCCUGAGAGCAGGCCGUAACCAGUACUUGAUGGGAAUUGAUAUAUACCAGGUCUCCCUCUCCCCUUGGGUGGAGUAUCUCUGAAGCAUGUGUUGUAUGUUGUUUCAGAUGUUCCCAUGGGAUUACAUACAUUUACUCGCCAUGAUAGCUACUUUAUUAGCUGUCUUCCCUUAUCUGUGUCUCUUCUGCACUCCCCUCCCAAUGUUUCAACACCUCUAUCCACAAAGAAAUGGCUUGUACUCAAAAAGUGUCAACUGUUAUCCUUGAGGAGCCAUAUCCUUUUUGUUCCCACAGUUCUUCCAGGCACAUUCUUAUACUCAGGUUAAACAGGUUGAGCUGACUGUAUUAAUUACUCUCCCCUUCAGCUUACCAGUACAAGAAACCCUCUUGAAAUUCUAAUAUCCUAAACAUCAUCUUAGGUCUGCAUUAAAAAUAGCUAUUUAGACCCUGUCAUGUUAUUCAAAUCCCUUCCCCUCUAAUUUCUUCUUUAUUCUUUUCUUGCUACUACCAAUUCCAUGAUUUCUUACCCAGCAAUAAAAAAAUUGCUAUUGAGAAUGAGAAGAAAGCAAGUGGCACACCAUAAAAUUGAGGAAUCUUAAGCCUUGCAGGAGGAAAAUAUUGAUUAGUGUUAGAUUGUAUAUUGAGUUCAAACAUACCUAAUCAGUAUUUUUGUACUGGUCAUGAUUGGCUAGACGAAAGGGCUGCCAAAUUUUAUUUGCCUAAGCAAAAUUAAGAAGUUGAAACUUCUGACUGAUGAGGAGAUAAGCCAAUUAACCUUGGGAGAUCGGGACCUAUGAAAAGCAGAUCCAGGCUUGAGUACCUAGAAGUCUGAGCCAGGCUAUUAAAUCUAUUCUGUUCAGAUACUGCACAAGCUUCCAGCUUUCCAGAAUGAAAGAGGGCACAACUAAAGGAUCCAAGGUUAACUUGAAACACAUUUACAAUCAGCUACAUCUGCCACAAGAGGAAGAAAAGAUCUGCGCUACUCAGUAUGGUAGCCAGAAGCCCUAUGAGGCUAUUAAAAAACAAACAAACAAAACUAAGUUCCUCAGUCAAAACCCACAUUUCAAGUUCCGCACAGAUAUACCACAUUUCCAUAACAGAAAGGUUUAUUGGAUAGAUAGAACUGUAAAGAACCUAUAAAGACUUCUUAUGGAGACACAAGGGAACUUGUAUUUGGUGCCACUUCCUUCUCUGCAACUAAAUUAAAUGAGCAACUUUCCCCCUGUAUAAGUGACCCCUAUAAAAUGUUUUAUGUUUGACAAUAUUUUUUUCAGUCGAAUUUCUAGGACACAAGGGAGAGAGGAAUGAUACUGGUCUGGAAGGCUUGCCAAACUAACUUGUUUUGGGAGAAAGGGGCCCCCGCUUCAAGAGUUCAAGUGCUGGGAAGGCUUCUGCCUUUCCAAGAGGCUAGACAGUUGCCAGGCCAAGAGCACACAGAUUAGCAAUGUCAGUGUCAGUAUAUGGUCAUGUUUGUUAACAGUGUAAGACAAGAGCUCCAAACUAGCCCUCCAGAGAAGGCAGUGGGAAAGAAAUGCUCAAGUUUUGGCUUUUCUAUUUGCCUAAUGGACUGGACUCAUCGUCCUCCCUGCUUGGGUAGACUGAGCAACCAUCGGCUCAAUUAGUGAAGGUCGGGGGAGCCUGGCAUCAACAAUCUAGAAUAUUCCACUGGACUAGAAAAGGCACAUCUUUUCUUGACAAGACCAGUGAAGCUGUUUCACCAUAUAUAAAUCAAGGAGGAAAAUAAAUAAUGCAAAUGUUAAUUUGCCUACUUUAGGUAAAAAUGCUAAAUUAGAAAUUAAAA